CGUUCCUUCACCGGGCAAAUCACUCACUCACACUGAGAGACUGCGUAGCACGACUCCCUUCCUCUUCAUUUCAAAUCUGGAGUGGAGAAGAGAGUUUUAAUGUUGCCAGUUGCCCUUUCCAUCACUGUGUUUGUAUGAUUAAUAGUAGGCUAUUGCCAUUCUGGAUUUAAAGUGAAUUCGUUUUUCUAACGGGGCUCUUGACACGAAGACUUUUCUGCUGUACGGUAUUCGGACAAGGCUCGUGAAAACGCCUGCGUAAACGGACACUGAUAUCGGACAGAUCAGCCUCAUGAGGAGCAGGCUACAGAGCGAAUGCCAGAGGAAUUGAGAGGGGACAAAUAAAGAGAAUACUGCUGUGAGGAUUGAGACGAGAAGAGGAACAGGACUUUUGGGGAUAGGAGAGAAAGAGAAGGAGUGAAGAUGGGGAGGAAAAAGAUCCAGAUAGCACGGAUUAUGGAUGAACGCAACAGACAGGUGACGUUCACCAAGCGGAAGUUUGGCCUGAUGAAGAAGGCGUACGAGCUGAGCGUGCUGUGUGACUGUGAGAUCGCCCUCAUCAUCUUCAACAGCACCAACAAGCUGUUCCAGUACGCCAGCACCGACAUGGACAAGGUCCUGCUCAAAUACACAGAGUACAACGAACCUCACGAGAGCAGGACCAACUCUGACAUCGUGGAGACUCUGCGAAAGAAGGGUCUAAAUGGCUUUGACAGUCCCGACAUCGAGGCAGACGACUCUGCUGGUCAGAGCCCCGAAUCAGAGGACAAAUACCGCAAGAUCAACGACGACAUCGACCUCAUGAUCAGCAGACAGAGACUCUGUCAGGCUCUCCCACCCUCUAACUACGACAUGGUUGGCUCCAUCCAGGGCCAAAAUAACAGCGGACUACUCUACUCUCAACCUGGGGCGGGCGGUUCCUUAGGAAACCACAAUCUGCUGCCCCUCUUGCACACACAACUUGGGCUGCAGAGGAACAGCAUGUCGCCUGGACCUCAACACACACACCGACCCCCCAGCGCUGGAAACGCAGGAGGGAUGAUGGUCUCAGAGCUGUCUAACACCGUCUCUAACACUGGUAAUGGUAGCUAUAGUAACCACCCUCACUCUCCGGGGCUGCUGUCUCCGGGAUGUGUGUCCAAAGGCAUGCAGGCCAAGACUCCGCCCCUGAUGACCUCCAUGACCCUGAGUGGUAACCGCAAGCCAGACCUCCGCACGCUGCUGCCCCCUGGCAACAAAAACAACAUGCCCUCCGUCAACCAGAGAAUAAACCACUCCCAGUCUGCCCAGUCUUUGGCUACUCCUGUGGUCUCCAUAGCAACACCUACUCUGCCCGGGCAGGGUAUGGGAGGGUACCCCUCUGCCCUCUCCACCUCCUAUGGCACAGAGUACUCUCUGGGUGACCUGAGCUCUCUGUCAGGCUUCGGAGGGAACGGCUCUGGAUCACUUCACCUGGGAUCAGUAACAGGCUGGCAGCAACAACAGCUACAGAACAUGCAGCACUCAGCACUAGGACACAUGGGAAACCUUUGUCAGAACUCCAACCUCAACCUCCAGAAUGUCCAUCAGAACCUUCACAUCAAGUCAGAGCCCGCCUCCCCGCCCAGAGAUCGAGGCAUCGGAUUUGUCAGCGGAGGGAUGGGGGCCGUGUCCCAGGGCUACCUAACAAAUCAGGGCCCAGCCGAGGCAGGGCGGUCUCCUGGCGACAGCCUAUCCAGCUGUGGGAGCUCAUACGACGGCAGCGACCGCGAGGAUCACCGCGGAAACGACAACUUCCUGCUGCGCCCGAUGUCCAAUCAGGAGGAACACCACAGCCCGUCCGUCAAACGCAUGCGCCUAUCAGAAGGCUGGGCUACAUGAUAAGGCCCGCCCCUGAUUC